GUUUCAUAUGCGGUGUUUGAUCUUAGUUUAGUCAUGGCGGAUGAGGAGGUUAAUGGAGAUGUCGGUGCGGAUUCGGAUGAAGUCCAACAGGACAAAGAAAAGAAAAAAGUAGCGAAAUAUGACAGUGGUGCUGCAGACCUAGAGAAAGUAACCGAUUAUGCGGAAGAAAAGGAAAUAUGUUCAGCGGAUUUCUCCGGGGCGAUGACUAUUAUAGGAGACAAAAGAAAUAAAGAGAAAGCUGAGAAAAUGGCAAAAGAACGCGAGUUAUUGAAAGUUUCCAUAAAGAAAGAGGACGUAGACCUAAUAGUACGAGAAAUGGAAAUAUCGAGGACAAUAGCGGAGCGAACUUUACGAGAACACCAUGGCAAUGUUGUGGAAGCACUUGUGGCUCUGACGGAUUGAAUGUUAGUGAAAUUUGCGGUGAUUUCUGGAAACAAAAUUUGAAUCGUGUGAACUGUGUAGAAGUUGGUUAUUUUAGAACUGUGUCGUUGAAGCGAGAUGGUGCAGAAGCAAUAAACUUAAUAUGCCCAGAGUUUUGAUUACAUGAAGCAUAGUUUGUCAUUUGUUAAUAAAUGAACAGUUUGUUACCGUUACAA